AGCAUCAAUGAUUCCUGUAACUUUGAAGCCAUUUAUAAUGAUGUCUGGCUUGGUCUUUAAGUAAUCAUGCAGUUCAAUUAUCCAUUUUGUGCCAAUUGGCUUCAUAAUGCUUAAUCUGAGAGCAACAGGUGUAACUUCAUCUUGGCCAUCUAUUUGCUUUGUCACUUUAUAAGCAUACCACUCAUGGAAUUUACCUUUAAAAAAAUUGGUAACAUAACAUAAAAUAUGUUGUUCUGCUCCAGUAAUGAGUCUAAUGACAAUACUGUCUCUGUAUUCUACCCUUUAAAAGCAUCGAAUAUACAUUGUAGCUAACACUGGGUGGUUUGCGGGCAAACCUACUGUAGUUCUUUCCUUUUGUCUUGAAAAUAAGGAAUGAUUAUUUUUGUAAUAUAAUCUAUAGUGGUACUCUAAUUGCACUGUUACUGUGAUAUGCCAGUUUCCAGGGAAAUCAAUGCUUGGCAGACUUUUUGUCGUUUUUCCUUGAUACACCAGCUGAACUGGCAAAAAGUCACUUAACAUUAAUUCUCCAAACACAGCAGUAAUUUGCCUUUUAUCCGUAUUACCAUCAACUUCAAUCCUUCUGGAGCCUCGAAUAUCCAUAGUCCACCGUGAUAUAGGGACAUGUAGUUCAACCCGGUCUGAUCCCAAUUUAUAAUCAAACUAUGAGGUAUUUCCUCCAUUUCAACUACAACUUUAACAUCCAUUAAAUAUUGUUGUUUCAAUUCAUCCAAACGCACAACAGUAAUGCUUGAUUUAGUCGUUGCUUUUCUUUUAACGAAAUUCAUUUUCAGAAAAUACUUAGCCCAACUUUUCUGCAAUACAACUGAACCUCCAUUGCACUGCAUUAAUGCAGGCUCUCUCUAUGCUGUAAUGUACCUGUACCAGCAGCAAUCAGUACAGCAGUAUUGAUUACUUCUCCUCUGUCCCUUACUGCGGACACACAUCGUCUCAAAUCUUCAGCUAUUGAUUCUGGCAAUAUUGGCGGACAUCCUCUCUUAUUAUCCUCCAACUCCUGUAUCUGACUACUACUGGAACCUUGUUUUGCCUUCUUAAUAAUUGUAAUUUUGCAAUCAUUAACAGUUGAGCAUUUUUAUUCAGUAAUUUAUCUAUGAAACAUCAUAUAGCAGCAGAUGUUCCAUGUUGAAUAGCAUAAUUACCUAUUUGUGCUUUCUCUCUUGGUGUGUAUUUUUUGUACUGCUUCUGUUACCUUGUUGUUUGGCAGCUGUAAUUAUGGAUGGUGAAAUAACCUUUGAUAGUGGACCCAUAGGUGAAGGUAAAGUGGCUUCUUUGGACACUGAGGAGAGAUCUUUUGAUUGUACAGGCUUUAAAAAGUGAUCAAGAGCCAUUUUCAUACAUGUGUGCGUAAUAACCAAACCUCCCAAUAAGGGAUAAAAAUUUUGUCAAUUUAAUUUUCGUGAUUUUAAUAAAUUAUGAAAAUCACGAAAUUUCAGAUCAUGAAAAUUUGGAGCUAUAUGGUAUUACUGUGGAACAACCAAAUUAUUGUACCUACAUGUACCAGUAUGCAAAAUGAAGUACUAGAAAUGAUACAUGUAUGUUAAUGUCACCAUUGCAUUCAGAGGUGUUGAUUAAGAGUUAAGAGAACAGUAUGGUGGCCUGGUUCAUCAAAGAAGAUUGCAAGUAGAGUAAAAAGAUUUGGAGAACGUUAAGAAAGUUUAUUUGUAACUUGGAACCUUUAAUGCCAACAAAGUGACCAUAGUACCCAUGGCAAUUGGUUGGUACUGAACUUUCUUGUUCAAUGGGAGGCAAUGCCUCAUAGUUGUGAAUUACUUUUCUUGUUAUCCAGAAAUAGUUUGACUUACAAAUACCCCUAGUCAAGGAGUUUUUGAAGUGUCAUGUCUUUGGAUACUGGAAAGAUUUUGGAGUGACAAUGGUCCUUAGUAUAGUUCUCAGGAGUUUGUUGAUUUUGCUUUCUUAAUUUGAGUCUUUGGCUCCCACCAACUCCACCAUUGGGUCUCAGAACAGGUUGGUACAGGUUUAUUGCAAAAUCACCUCUAAGCAAGCCUUGCCGUUGGACUCACAAAAAUAAUGAGACCCACAGCUGUGAAAACUUCUCAGCAACAGAAACUUUAAAUUGCUGUCCUAGUCUAUUUAAAGUAUGAGAAAAAACAGCCAUUGUCAAUUAGUCUUGGGUGCAAGAACUUCACUGUAUCUAUUGCUGCAUUAGUCACACUGGCUUGGUCUCUCAUAUUAGCAAUUAAUCUGUUCAAUUGAAUGCUGAAGGAUAUUAUGCAUGCUAGUUCUUCCCCAGUCAGGUUUUUACGAAGACUCUUUAAGCUUCUGUUUUCUUUUCAUGUUUUCAACGAACUUUAUAACAAAAGCGACUACAUUUGUAGUGUCAUCAAUGAUCAUAGACCCAGACUGAUCUGGAAUUUCCUUUUUAAUUUCGUUUAUUUUGUUGCUAUAAAUAAAGGGAUAUACUAACUUAAAUGCUGACAACCAGUGAGACUAAGAGUGUUCUCUUCUUGGAGAUCCCUCAAAGGAUUAACUUGUGCUAAAGGAAUUUUUGCUUUAACAAAAGGCUAGACAGCUGGUAUUCGAUGCAUACGCAAUGUAUAAACUGACUCAGACAGCAUUUCACUACUAGGAUGAUUGCUUUCGUCAUGCUUCUAUAAUGAUUUAGCUAUUGAUCUUUGUUUAGCUUUGCGUGUCGUGUGUUUCUGUGAAUUAAUAUGUAGCUUCAUAAUAGACAUCUCUAGCUGAGAAUAUAUUACGUCACUACAGUUAAUAUGGCAGCAGGUGUGGUAGAGAAUGAAAUAAAUUGCAUCAACAGUAAGUUUUUAUGGUCAACAAAUGAGCAAAAGUACAAUGCAAGCUAUAGUAAAGAAUCUGCUUUACAUUGCACCAAAUCUGUUCAUGAGAUGCUUGGUAGGUCCCAUUCCUUCUUCCAACCAACUUUUGUAGCUUGAAAGAGUUCCAGACCAGUCAAACAUAUCACUUGUAUAAUUUACUCUACUUCACAUAGCCUAGGCAUUAUACAAAUCAUUUAACAAAAUCAGUUAUCCAUUGGCCAUCCUUAAUUAGAGCAACCUCCUCUUCCUUCAUAGAAGACAUUUUGCAAGGAUGCUUUAUGAAUCUCCGCCCAUGGCCAGCCCAUACAAUUAUGAUGAUGUGAUGCCAAGAUGAAGUUCUAUGUUGUAAGUUGUCCCAAAAAAAUAAAUUCACCCUGCACAUUAUCUCUCAUCUUGAGAUCAAAGGCCUGAAGCCACACUAGUCAGGUAGAGCUAAGGUGAAGCCUGACUAAAGCCACCCACUCCCCUGGUUGGCAGAAUGCAGUACAAAUGAAUGGAAGAAAAACAUAAAAAAGCAAUUGAGCAGUUGUUCUUACAUCUAUGCUUGAAGUUAGAGCUGCUACUUCUGCUAUAGACACUAAGGAACCAGUGAAGAACCUCUUUACUGCUAUAAACAAGUUCUUCUUUCUUAUUUUUGGAAAUUUUCCUCCAUCUCCAUUCCUAGUUUCCUUCGAUGUAGCUUUCUGCCAACCAAGGGGUGUGGUACUUGUUUGGGUGAAGAUUUCUACGCCUACAUUUAAUGGACCUUAUGCAACGAACGGUCUAAUUAAUGCGCACCUCUCAACUGGAUGAAAAUGGCGGAUUUUCUGCACUACAAUACUGCUGAGAAUUCAAGCUCGUCAUCAGUGGAGGACAGCUGUUGCAUUGACUUUGUUUUGCUGCUAUCUUUGCUCUAUAUUUUGUGGACUAUCUCUCUCUAUUUUUAUAUUGUUAUUUUUCUUUUUAAUUGAUCAUUUUUUCUACGUUUGAAUUUUGAUACCUGUCUGUUUGUGUGUGUGUCAAUCGGAAGAAAUAGCCUGCUGUUCUUUCCCCUCGGGAGCAAUUGACCCAGGAGAAGGAAGACUUACUCCUCAGACAUUUUGCUACAAGUAGCUACUAACUUGAAAGGUGUUCAAGGUACGCAACAGCAGUAGGCUGCCGUUUGGGUGGGGCUGGGCUUUGGAUGCAAGUGCUAUAGUGAUGUAGCUUGUAUAGUCACAUAUGGUUUAUAUCUGCCUUGUUGAAGGCUGCACCAACUGCUCAAAUAAUCCAGAUUGCUACUAUUUAUUAUGGCACAGGCCACCUCAAAAUGAUGAAGUACUAUAUCGUUUUUUAAAAUACAUGAAAAACCAGCUGCACACUUAAGAAUUUGCAGCGAAUGCAUGAGUAAAGUACCAGCACCUAAACAUAGAAAGCCACCUUCCAGUAGAGGAGAAAUCAGUCAUAAGAGAGUAAGACUGACGAGGGAAGAGAUGCGCCAAGCAGUAGCUCAUGACCAUACAUAUGCAUUGAGUCCUCCAAGCUCCACUUCAUCAUUCUUAAGUUCAGUUCAAACGAGGGAUGGACCUGCAUUAGCACCAUCAGGAGCAGCACAUACAUCUAGUGUGGCAUCAUUUUGUAUUGAAGCAUUUAUGGAUGACGAUAGUGCCAUUCAUUUUUACAUUUUGUUCCCAACGUAUGCUCACUUAAUGAUAUGCUACAAUUUUCCUGGAGAUGCAGUCCACCAUAUCAUAUACCCAGGCUCAUCAGUUGAUCCAUCAGCAAAAACAAGAAUGAAAAGUCAACAAGCAAUUUCUCCACAACACGAAUUCUUCUUAACACUCUGCCGUCUGAUGUGUGGCUUGAUGGAACAGGAUUUGGCAUGUAGAUUUCAAAUAUCUCAGUCUACUGUUUCUAGAAUUUUUACAGCAUGGGUGAACUUUCUCUAUUAUAAGUUUAAAGAGAUUCCAAUUUGGCCAAUACAAACACAAGUUCAAUCAUUGAUACCUGAGCAGUUUAAAUUACAUUACUCUUCCACACAUAUCAUAAUCGACGCAACAGAGGUGUUUAUCCAGACACCUAGCGAUCCUCAUGCUCAACAACUAACAUUCAGCUCAUAUAAAAAUCACAACACAGCUAAAGCUCUAGCCGGUAUUACCCCAUCUGGUGCGUUUUCAUUUAUCACUCCACUAUAUGGCGGAUCUAUUUCUGAUUGUAAAUUGUUUCUCAAUUCUGGUCUGCUAGAGAUACUUGAAGAAGGUGAUGCUGUCAUGGCUGACAAGGGAUUCAACAUUGCUGAUGUACUCCAAAGGAAGGGAAUAACAUUAAACAUCCCUCCAAGAAAGCACGCUGAUCAAUUAGGUGAUAGAGAGCUCAUUGAGACAUGCAGGAUAGCAUCACUACGCAUACAUAUUGAAAGAGCAUUUAGUAGAGUAAAGGUUUUAAAAAUAUUAAAUAACAUACCUAACAACAUGGCAGGAUUAGCCUCGGAAAUCUUCUUUGUAUGUGCAAUAUUAACUAAUUUUCAACCUCCACUCUGUAUGAGGAACAGUCAAUAACUAUUAACUAAAAGUGUAUCUAAAAGCCAGUAACUAACUAUAUUACCUUAUUAGUUAUUACCUUAAUACCUUUCUCUUUCAUCUCCUAUCCUCCUUAGAUCCUCUCUCCUCCCCUUUCCCAUUAAUAUUUACCUUGUAUUCUAAAUAACUUAUAACAAAUUAUGAUCAUGUGACUACAUAGGAUCUAGACUACUAUAGUUAAUUAUUGUUUGAGGCUCAACAUGAUGCGCAUUACUACAGACUGGAGGCAUGUAAUGAUAAAUGUCUAAAUACUAAAAUAAUACUAAAUACUAAAAUACUCCUAUUGUAAUAAUUUUUAUUAAUUAUUUUUAGGGGAGAUAAGUUCCGUUUAGCAUAUGCUCAACUUGGGGAUAUCAGGAGUUUACUACCAUCAGAUCUCAAUAUUAUGGCCCUUACAGCAACUUCAACUGGUACUACAUUUAUGACUGUAUGUCAACGUUUGUCGAUGAAUAAUCCAGCAUUAAUUGGUUGCCCACCAAAUCGAUUUAAUAUUAUGUAUGCAGUUGAAUCUCUCAUCGAUGUUCAAACCUUUUGUUCACAAAUUGCUACAGAAGUAAAGUUACUUGGAUUACAGUAUCCUAAAACAGUAAUAUUUAUUCAAAGCUAUUCUGACUGUGCUUUGCUAUAUCAUACACUUCGUAUACAUUUGGGAGGAAGCAUCACAUAUCCACCUGACUACCCUCGGUUGCAACAGUUCUUGUUCAUGGAUAUGUACACUCGAGCAACAACUAUAAAGAAAAAAGAACAGGUACUGGCAGCAUUUUGCAAUCCUAAUUAGACUCUCUGCAUAGUGCUUGCUACCACAGCCUUUGGAAUGGGUGUUGACUGUUCUGACAUUCGUGUCGUAAUUCAUUGGGGCCCUCCCUCUUCUUUGGAACAGUACGUACAAGAGACUGGUAGAGCUGGACGUGACGGUCAACCCUCCAAAGCAAUUUUAUAUUAUGGGAAGCCAGGUAGACAUGUUAGUCAAGAUGUGAAGGACUACGCAAUGGAAAAGAACAAGUGUAGAAGAGAUAUGCUAAUGAAGAACUUUUUGUUUUGUGAUUCUGAGUGUGUUUCUGAAGAUAAAUUAAAUUGUCGUGAUGUGUGUAGCACUUCAUAAUUAAAAAAAAAUACAUGUAAAUUGUA